AAACCGCGGCAGUUCCAGUUUUCCCCAUUUUCCCUCUCUCUCCUAUUCGACUCUUUGAGAAACCUAACACUCAAACCAGCCAAAAUCCUCCCAAAUUUCACCAAAAUAACUCACCCAAAUACAAACCCACACCAUUUUCGGCCCAUUCCUCUAAGAUUCGUGCAUUAUCUCCCAAAAUGGUGAGGACUAAAAGAGUUGUAAAGAAAGUAAGGGGGCAGGCGGCAAGCACGUCUGGAAGGCAUCGCAAGGCUGAGCAAAGUCUUGAGGAGAGCGGUGAAAGCACAGACACCAAGCAGAGGCGGAUCAAUUUAGGACAUCAUAUUAUGAGACAAAUGGUGUAUUAUAAGGGUAGAUCGACACUCGCACUAGUGUAUGGCACUCUCAUCACCUUACUUAUGGAAAAUGCGGGUGUUGAUUUGCGUGGUAUAGAGUCCCGAGACCUACACAGUCAGGAGCUUCUGAAUGAGAGUUCACUGAACAAAAUGGGGUAUGUAUUCAGUGCAAGAACAAAUUCUUGGGAAAUGAACCAGAAAAGGAGAAGAAGAGGACAAGAUGAUGAGGGAAUGCAGCUCAUUCUCAAGAGACUUGCACGGAUUGAAUUGAAGCUCGAUGAUCACAUUUGCAAUUGUCAGAUGGCAACACCUAUAGGUCCUCGAGGGACAAGAGGAGAUCCGUCUACUGCUGGCACAUCCUCCGGACAGCAACCCACUGAUCCCUUUUCACAUCCAAAAGCAUAAAUCCUCCCGUUGCAAUUGUUGAUGGCUGUUAAAUUAUCGUUUUAGUGUUUGAACACUCUUUGAAAGGUUUUCUUAAUGUUUUGACUUUUUAUAUUUUUGAAUAUGUACAUAUAAUGUUGACAUUAGAUGCAGUUUAAUUUAAUGCAGUUUUUAACAUCAAUGAGCAUAGCACAAUUGUGAUGAUUUGUAUUGGUUGAUUAUGUUUUUGAUGUGCUUCCAUUGAUGGCAAGCAAGUUGGUAGUCCAUAGUGUGCUUGAAUGGCAAUUUGUGGUUGUGGUUUUAAAGUUUGAUGUGCAUGUGGUUUUAAUGAUUCAUUAGUAUUUUUUACAUAGUUGAUGUUCCUGAAAAGAAAAAAAAAGGAAACGA